CUCGAUUUGUGGCUGUGAGCAGUAUUAGCAGGUUAUGGCUGGCCGAGGAGAUGAUGAGUUCAGAGACAUGUACCAUCGCCGCCAUGAACAAGUGACAGCUCCCCCGAGUCCGUGCGGAGGAGGACGGCACAGGAUCGGCUCAGCAGAUACACCUGAGGAACAGUCAAGAGUACCACCCCUUCAUGAGGUGAUAAGCAAGAUAUGGAAUCCAGUACAGCAAUGUCUUGUAGUUGCAGUGGCUGUCCUGUUUAUGAUGUGGCAACACUUGAAAGCCUUAACUUCAUUGUGGUGUAGCUUUUCAUGUCAAGGGCAUUUUAAAAAUAGACGAAACUUGAGCGUGAAUGCAGAAGUUGAUGUGCUGUCUUACUGUUCUAAAAAAUGGAAAGGGGAAGCACCAAAUGUCACAUACAUGAGGAAGGCAUAUGAAGAAUUGUACCGGAAACAUCAUAUCAAAUCUAUGCAGUAUGUAAAACAGGACAAUUACUGCGUUCUUAGAGCAGUCAUGUUCCAGGUUUUCAGUCAAGGAAUCCCCUUUCCUGGAUGGAUGAGAGAGAAAGAUAUCCUAAAGCUUCCUGAAAAGCUUCUGUAUUCUCAGGGAUGUAAUUGGAUACAGCAAUUUAGCUUUGGACACGAAAAGUAUACAGGUCCAAAGGUAUAUGGAAAACUGCGAAGUUGUCUUGAAAGCUUCAAAAACCAGUGGACAGAAUUUUACAAUUGUAAAGAUCGGGCUGAAAGAAACAGAUUGUGCAAGUCCGUGUUCUCUGAUGAAGACACAGAGCAUAAACUGUAUGAAGCAUUAAAAUUCGUUAUGCUGUAUUUGGUGAUUGAUGCUUAUGAAAAUAUAAAGUCAGCACAACACUCUCCAUGCUUCUUUCACUUCCUGUUCUCACGGGACAUAUCAGCCGACCCUCUGAGCUACAUGAUGAACCACUUGAAUGCAGUGGGUGAUGCAUCUGGACUGGAUCAGGCUGAUAUAUGUUUGGUGGGCUAUGCUCUUGAAGUCAAGAUAAAAUUAUUUCGGUUGGCUAAAUUCAAUACUGAAGACUUUGAAAUGUAUUACCCUGAGGAUUACAAGAGAGACUGGAAUGAGAUAAGUCUCAUGACUGAUGAUGACCAACACUAUAUCAUACCAAUCAAAGCCAUAUGAUUAGACUGGCGCUCAUCUGCCAAAGAACACCUUUUCUAUGUGUGCAGGAAAACCUAUUUCUCUGGAAGCUACCCUGUGAAAUAUCCAUAAAGCUGAAUUCACGUAUGUGAAGAGA